AGAAUAAUAAAAGUAUUACAUUCGGAAAGAAUUUAAUUUAUUAAAAUGAGUGAUUCUCCGGAGUCGAAAAAAACAGAAGAAUUGACUUCAAAUAAUCCUAAUCAAUACGAAUUCGAUGGAGAACAUUAUGUAUAUGUUGAUAAAACAACUAAUGUGAAAUAUAAGUUUGAUCAAGUGAAAAAUCAGUGGGUGCCUGAAAACAAUGAACAAACCGAAGAUGUUAAAGAUGAUGAAAAUAAAGAGAAAGCCAGUGGACCAGCAGUAGCUGCACCAGGUGGAGUCUAUGGUUUUGAAAAUGAUACUCACACAUAUACAGACCCUAACGAUGGUAGCGUUUAUAUUUGGGAUCGAGAGAAGAAUGCAUGGUUUCCAAAAGUGGAUGAAGAUUUUAUGGCUAGAUAUCAAAUGAGCUACGGAUUUGUCGAUCCAAAUGCAACAGAAUCAUCGAAAAAGUUACCAGAAAAGUCUGUAAAACUUCCACCUCCUCAACCAAAGUUGACGAAGGAACAGAAAAAAGCAGAAGCCAAAAGAAAAUCUCAGGAGCCACCGACUUGGUUCGAGAUAGAUGAACGCCACAAUACUGCUAUUUACGUUUCUGGAUUACCUUUGGACAUCACUAUGGAGGAAAUUACAGAACUGUUCAACAAAUGUGGUCUCAUUGCGAGGGAUGAGAAAAACAAAGACAAAAUCAAAUUGUAUAGGGAUUCCAAUGGGGAAUUGAAGGGUGAUGCUCUUUGUACGUAUAUCAAGGUGGAAUCAGUCGAAUUAGCAUUGAAAAUUCUCGACGGAUGGAAGAUAAGAGGGAAAACGUUAUCGGUGCAAAGGGCCAAAUUUCAAAUGAAGGGUGAAUACGAUCCGGGAUUAAAACCAAAACGAAAAAAGAAAGACAAAGAUCGACAAAAGAAGAUCCAUGAGAGAUUAUUCGAUUGGAGGCCGGAUCGUUUACCUGGGGAACCAUUGAAAUGCGAGAGGGUUGUAAUUAUUAAAAAUCUUUUCUCACCUGAGGAUUUCGACAAGGAGGUUGCAUUGCUUUUGGAAUAUCAACAGGACAUUAGACAGGAAUGUCUGAAAUGUGGAGACGUUAAGAAAGUCACCAUAUAUGACCGACAUCCUGAAGGCGUUGCUCAGGUAACCUUUCGUGAGCCUGCUGAGGCUCAAGCUUGCGUUCAGUUGUUAAAUGGACGUUGGUUUAGUCAAAGAAAAAUAUCUGCCGAAAUUUGGGAUGGAAAAACAAAAUACAAAAUUAACGAAACGGAUGCUGAGAUCGAGGCGCGAUUAGACAAAUGGGACAAGUUUUUGGAGCGAGAAGAUGAAAAGAAAGAGAAGAACGAGGCGGCUGCGAAGGUGGAAGCUAAGUUGGAGUAAAGGACGAUGAUGAUGAAGAAGAAGAAGGUGGAGGGGAAAUAUUGAGGAAGACAAAGAAAUCGGAGCAAACCUUUCAGAUUAUAGAGAAGCGGUGUAUAAACAAUAUAGGAAUGUUAAAUAAAAUUGCAACGAUUUUGUUCUGUUAAUGAUUUUUUAGACAAGGAUUGGAAUCGUCGACGAGAAAGAUACUGGGGAAAUAAAUUUGAUUUUUAUUUUUCUUUACUUUUUUUUAUUGGUCUGAAAAUCCGUACGAUAAGUAUUUCUUAUACGUUUCAAAUUGCUUAUUGUAAUUUUGAUCAUUUUACCAUAUCCACCAAGUCGUCGUGCUAUAUUAUUACUCUGAGUAAACCCAUUUAACUCGUUAAGCAAAUUGUUAGCGAUUGCGAAUUAAAAGAAACAAAAAAAAAAAAAAAACAAGAAGAA